CAAAAACCUCUUGUUGAAGUCUCUGUCUGGGUUUUAGGCAAAAGAAAAAAACUGGAAUGGCAGUGUGGAGGAGUUGUUUACGCGCCUCCUCCUCUCGUCACCGUUUAUCUUCUCUCUUCUUCUCCCACCACCUCAAACCCUCCUCCUUCAUCUCCCAUUCUCCUCCUCUCUUCUCUCCCUCGCCGUCACCAUCUCCGACGUGUUUCUCUCCUCUCCACCGAUUACUCUCUUCUGGACCAGAAUUCCCAAUUGGGUCUCAAGAAAUCAUCCCUACCGAUGAUUCUUCUUUACCUGUUCUCGCCGUCGUUGAUUUCCUCGAAGGCUUUCAUGAAUUCACAGGAUUGCCUUGGUGGAUGAUUAUUGCAUCUUCUACUGUUGCUGUUAGAUUAGCUUUAUUGCCUUUACUCAUACUUCAACUCAAGAAAUUGAAGACCAUUUCAGAGCUGCUACCGAAGUUGCCUAUGCCGAUCCCAGAGACUCCAACGUUGAAAGGAUCUAUUGACCAGUUUUCUCAUUUUCUUAAAGAGAGUCGAGCAAUUGGGUGCCCCUCCUUUUUGUGGUUCUUCCCAUACUUAUCUGUCCAGCUCCCAUGCUUUUUCUUGUUGAUGGCUAGCAUCCGGAAGAUGUCACUAGAUGGUCACCCUGGCUUUGAUUCUGGUGGUGUCUUAUGGUUCCAGAACUUGAGUGAUCUUCCUGGUGGCUCUUUUGGACCAGUCUUCCCAAUUUUAAUUGCUACCUUCCAUUACAUUAAUAUACAGAUUUCUUUUGAUACAUCCACAAUUCGUCAAACUACCGGCUUGACUGGGCUGCUCAUGAGAUAUUACAAGUUAUAUCUGGAGAUCUUAAGCGUUCCUCUGUUUUUUGUUGGCUAUGCUAUUCCACAGGGAAGUCUUGUCUACUGGGUAACCAACAGCUCAGUAAAUAUCUUUCAGCAAUUAUCUCUCAAGCACCCUACUGUAGGAGCAAAACUUGGUUUACUGAGUCAGGGGGCCACUCCAGGCAUGGGACAUUCCAUGGAGAUCAGCGAAUCUGUGAUCAAGUAUGUGGACUCUGACUCAAAAGAACAGACCCUUUCUCUACAGACUCUAACACCAGAAGAACUUCUUUCUCUUUCAGUUCAGGUCUUGUCCAAAGGUGAUAAAGAAACAUCCAUUCAGUUGCUUCGAUUAGCUCUUGAAAAGGAUCCUGGAUAUGUAAGAGGUUUGGUUCUCAUGGGGCAGGCGUUGUUACAGAAGACGCAGUUGUCAGAAGCUACUGAAUAUUUAGAGCUUGCUAUCUCCAAGCUCCUUGAUGAGGAUCCAUCUGAUGCUGAGGAUGUUGAACUUUUAAUGCUUGCAUCUCAGUGGGCUGGUGCUGCAUACGUACAACAGGGAAAACUGAAAAGCGGAAUCAUACACUUGGAAAGAGUAGCGAAACUGAGAGAACCUGGUGAUCCUAAAAGCAAAGAGCAUUACUUUGAGGCAUUGCUGCUUCUUUCAAGCGCUUUGUACAAAGAAGGGCAGAGUGAUGAAGCUGCAAAGAUUUUACGAGUAGUAGUGGAUCACAAUCCGGCGUACAAGCCUCUGCUGGAACAGUGUGAAGAUGAGAAUGAGCUAGUUAGCGAUCUUGUCAGUCGCAGAAAGGAUCAUUUCUGAUUUUCUCCACGUGUGCAAACCGCAUUGUAAGUAUUUGAAUACUACGAGAGCGUUCAACUUUCAAUAGUUCAUAACCUUGUAGGUUAGUAAUACUGUAAAUGUGUAAUCCCAUUGAUGUAAUACUAUAAAACAUUCAAAAUAG